AAAUCUACCACAUCAACCACACCUUCCACCACAAAUCCUACUACAACAACAAAAUCUACCACAUCAACCACACCUUCCAUGUCAACUACCACAAAACCUACUACAACAUCACCCAUCCCGUCAACUACAACAAAUCCUACUACAACAACAAAAUCUACCACAUCAACCACACCUUCCACAUCAACUAACACAAAACCUACUACAACAUCACCCAUCCCGUCAACUACCACAAAUCCUACUACAACAACAAAAUCUACCACAUCAACCACACCUUCCACAUCAACUACCACAAAACUUACUACAACAUCACCCAUCCCAUCAACUACCACCAAACCUACUACAACAACAUCUACCACAUCAACCACACCUUCCACAUCAACUACCACAAAACCUACUACAACAACAAAAUCUACCACAUCAACUACACCUACCCCAUCAACUACCACAAAACCUUCUACAACAUCACCCAUCCCGUCAACUACCACAAAUCCUACUACAACAACAAAAUCUACCACAUCAACCACACCUUCCACAUCAACUACCACAAAACCUACUACAACAUCACCCAUCUCGUCAACUACAACAAAUCCUACUACAACAACAAAAUCUACCACAUCAACCACACCUUCCACAUCAACUACCACAAAACCUACUACAACAUCACCCAUCCCGUCAACUACCACAAAUCCUACUACAACAACAAAAUCUACCACACAACAAAAUCUACCUACCACAACUACCACAAAACUUACUACAACAUCACCCAUCCCAUCAACUACCACCAAACCUACUACAACAACAUCUACCACAUCAACCACACCUUCCACAUCAACUACCACAAAACCUACUACAACAACAAAAUCUACCUCAUCAACCACACCUUCCACUUCAACUACCACAAAACCUACUACAACAUCACCCAUCCUGUCAACUACAACAAAUCCUACUACAACAACAAAAUCUACCACAUCAACCACACCUUCCACGUCAACUACCACAAAACCUACUACAACAUCACCCAUCCCGUCAACUACCACAAAUCCUACUACAACAACAAAAUCUACCACAUCAACCACACCUUCCAUGUCAACUACCACAAAACCUACUACAACAUCACCCAUCCCGUCAACUACAACAAAUCCUACUACAACAACAAAAUCACCAUCAACCACACCUUCCACAUCAACUACCACAAAACCUACUACAACAUCACCCAUCCCGUCAACUACCACAAAUCCUACUACAACAACAAAAUCUACCACAUCAACCACACCUUCCAUGUCAACUACCACAAAACCUACUACAACAUCACCCAUCCCGUCAACUACCACAAAUCCUACUACAACAACAAAAUCUACCACAUCAACCACACCUUCCACAUCAACUACCACAAAACCUACUACAACAUCACCCAUCCCAUCAACUACCACCAAACCUACUACAACAACAUCUACCACAUCAACCACACCUUUCACAUCUACCACAUCAACCACACCUUCCACAUCAACUACCACAAAACCUACUACAACAUCACCCAUCCCGUCAACUACAACAAAUCCUACUACAACAACAAAAUCUACCACAUCAACCACACCUUCCACGUCAACUACCACAAAACCUACUACAACAUCACCCAUCCUGUCAACUACCACAAAUCCUACUACAACAACAAAAUCUACCACAUCAACCACACCUUCCAUGUCAACUACCACAAAACCUACUACAACAUCACCCAUCCCGUCAACUACCACAAAUCCUACUACAACAACAAAAUCUACCACAUCAACCACACCUUCCACAUCAACUACCACAAAACCUACUACAACAUCACCCAUCCCAUCAACUACCACCAAACCUACUACAACAACAUCUACCACAUCAACCACACCUUCCACAUCAACUACCACAAAACCUACUACAACAUCACCCAUCUCGUCAACUACAACAAAUCCUACUACAACAACAAAAUCUACCACAUCAACCACACCUUCCACAUCAACUACCACAAAACCUACUACAACAUCACCCAUCCCGUCAACUACCACAAAUCCUACUACAACAACAAAAUCUACCACAUCAACCACACCUUCCACAUCAACUACCACAAAACUUACUACAACAUCACCCAUCCCAUCAACUACCACCAAACCUACUACAACAACAUCUACCACAUCAACCACACCUUCCACAUCAACUACCACAAAACCUACUACAACAACAAAAUCUACCUCAUCAACCACACCUUCCACUUCAACUACCACACCUUCCACGUCAACUACCACAAAACCUACUACAACAUCACCCAUCCCGUCAACUAUCACAAAUCCUACUACAACAACAAAAUCUACCACAUCAACCACACCUUCCAUGUCACCUACCACAAUACCUACUACAACAACAAAAUCUACCACAUUAACUACACCUACCCCAUCAACUAUGACAAAACCUACUACAACAUCACCCAUCCCAUCAACUACCACAAAACCUACUACAACAACAAAAUCUACCACAUCAACCACAUCUUCCACAUCAACAACCACAAAACCUACUACAACAUCACCCAUCCCGUCAACUACCACAAAUCCUACUACAACAACAAAAUCUACCACAUCAACCACACCUUCCACAUCAACUACCACAAAACCUACUACAACAUCACCCAUCCCAUCAACUACCACCAAACCUACUACAACAACAUCUACCACAUCAACCACACCUUCCACAUCAACUACCACAAAACCUACUACAACAACAAAAUCUACCACAUCAACCACACCUUCCACAUCAACUACCACAAAACCUACUACAACAUCACCCAUCCCGUCAACUACCACAAAUCCUACUACAACAACAAAAUCUACCACAUCAACCACACCUUCCACAUCAACAACCACAAAACCUACUACAACAUCACCCAUCCCGUCAACUACCACAAAUCCUACUACAACAACAAAAUCUACCACAUCAACCACACCUUCCACAUCAACUACCACAAAACCUACUACAACAUCACCCAUCCCAUCAACUACCACCAAACCUACUACAACAACAUCUACCACAUCAACCACACCUUCCACAUCAACUACCACAAAACCUACUACAACAACAAAGUCUACCACAUCAACCACACCUUCCACAUCAACUACCACAAAACCUACUACAACAUCACCCAUCCCAUCAACUACCACCAAACCUACUACAACAACAUCUACCACAUCAACCACACCUUCCACAUCAACUACCACAAAACCUACUACAACAUCACCCAUCCCGUCAACU